AUGGCUAUCAUCAAAAAGUCAAAAGACUUGAUUGUCCGUAUCCGUCAUCCGUAUCCAGCGUUCCUUAACCAUUCCUGUACCUUUCCAUUUGCGUAUGGCGACGUUAUCUACUACAGCUGCAUCUCCGUCCACAGUCAUUAUGCCUGGUGUUCUAUUGACGAGGUAUUCCAAGGCAGAUGGCGGUACUGUACCGCGGAAGAUCCCCCAAAGUGUACCUUCCCUUUCUUGUACAGAAAUCAACUCUUUGAUAGUUGCACCAAGGAAGGCUAUGUUUUGAGUCGGAGUUGGUGCUCAUUGACAAAAGAUUACAACCAAGACAGAAAAUGGAAACAAUGCUCUCCUUACAAGUCUUUCUGGACAUGCCUCACAGCAGAAUAGAAGAAACCACC